UCACCAAUCGGCGUCCAGCCUAGCGUCAUGCUGCACUUGGGAGGCGCGGGGCUAGUGCGGGGCCUGCGGGUGGUGUCGCCCGCAUGGCUGCGAGGUCCGGGUGGACUCCCGCUGGCCCUGGCGCGCACCACAGGGACGUCGGGAGCGCGGGACCGGCGAGCGCCGGCCUCCGGGACGCAGCGCGGGCGCGCACUCAGCCUGUCCGCCGCAGCCGUAGUGAACUCGGCGCCCCGCCCGCUGCAGCCCUACCUGCGGCUCAUGCGUCUGGACAAGCCCAUCGGGACCUGGCUGCUGUAUUUGCCAUGCACUUGGAGCAUUGGUCUGGCCGCUGACCCGGGUUGUUUUCCUGACUGGUAUAUGUUAUCACUCUUUGGCACUGGAGCUAUUCUCAUGCGUGGAGCAGGCUGUACUAUUAAUGACAUGUGGGACCGUGACUUCGAUAAAAAGGUCGAGAGGACAGCAAACCGCCCAAUCGCCGCGGGAGACAUUUCAGCCUUCCAGUCCUUCGUCUUCCUUGGGGCACAGCUGACCUUGGCACUGGGCGUUCUCCUGCAUCUGAACUACUACAGUAUAGCAAUGGGAGCAGCGUCCUUACUUCUUGUCGUCACCUACCCCCUCAUGAAAAGAGUCACGUUCUGGCCUCAGUUAGCCUUGGGCUUGACUUUUAAUUGGGGUGCGUUACUCGGAUGGUCUGCUGUCAAGGGCUCCUGUGAUCCAGCUGUGUGCCUGCCUCUUUAUUUUUCUGGAGUUAUGUGGACACUGAUAUAUGAUACUAUUUAUGCCCACCAGGACAAGAAAGAUGAUGCUCUGAUUGGCCUGAAGUCUACGGCUCUGCUCUUCAGGGAGAAUACCAAGAAGUGGCUCAGUGGCUUUGGGGUCGCCAUGGUGGGAGCACUGAGCCUGGCGGGAGCCAGCAGUGGUCAGACCCUCCCUUACUACGCUGCUGUGGCUGCAGUGGGAGCCCACCUGGCUCACCAGAUUUACACCGUGGACAUCCACAGAGCCGAGGACUGCUGGGAAAAGUUUACCUCCAACCGCACAGUAGGCCUACUCCUGUUCUUAGGGAUUGUGCUUGGGAAUUUGUACAAAGACAAGCCGGACAAGACGAAGGGAGCGGACGCUGUUGGAGAGGGAAGUGAGCGGACAAGCUGAGCUUGGUGUCCCCGGGAAGCAGGCAGGAAGACCGUGAGGUCAGGGCAUUGAGUGACACAGGAGGGCCCUGUCUCAAAGCAGCACGCCCGCUAGAGUUGUAGCGUGUGGGAAGAGUGCGUGGUCACCGUGCGAUACGCCCGAGCUCUGGGUCAGCAUAGACUCAUUUGUAAAACUCUCAGGGCUGGAGACCACAUUGCUAGAUUUGGACGAGCCGUCUGUUACAGAAGUAAGACGCACUGGGGUAGCAUGUGCUGGACCUCACGGCAGCUGCUUCCCCCACCUCCCUUCCGGGAACCUGGGCUUCUGCACGCUGUGCAGCCUUCGUCCUUGUUCCUCUCACCUGGAGUUUCAGGAGCUUCAGGAAAACCUUGCCUAACUCACUGAGUUAGUUUUGUUUUUUUUUUCUUUUCUUUUUUUCGGAGCUGGGGACCGAACCCAGGGCCUUGCGCUUGCUAGGCAAGCGUUCUACCACUGAGCUAAAUCCCCAACCCCCUGAGUUAGUUUUUUAUGAGAAUGGCCGGAUACUUUAUUUUCUCACUAAGAAUCUCCUGUGAGAACUCCUGUGAUCUUUGCUCACUUCCAAAGCUGAAUUCAAGAGCCAUUCUGAUUCUGGGUGUUUUAGAAGAGUAUGAGCAAAUAAAUAUGUUUCCACCCGUGUGUGGUUCUCCAUGA